CCACGGACAUCAAGAGUGAAAUCCUGCUGGGCGAGGAGUUUGACUCUUCAGCUGUGUGUUCAUGUGUGAAAGAUGUCAGUUUCACAAAUGCACCCUGGGACAGGACACAGUGUGAACACCGGAUUCAAUAUGAGAUUAAUACAGUUUGUUUGUUGCAGCGUUAGAUUGGAUCAAUGAACACAGAAACAUUUAACUAUGAGAAAACUACAUUUAAAAAAUGAAAAAGUGAAAAUUGUAAAAACCUUUUUGGCUGUUUGGUGUCUAUAAGGAAUUCAAACAGCCUACAACUAACCCUAAAAGUCAUAAGGAAGUGACAUCCUAAUUACAGGAAGUAGGUGCAGCAUCUCUCGACUAAAGCACUAUUUUAGAAACCGUUCUGAGCAUCAGAACGAGAGAGAGAGAAGAAGCAGAGACACAGAGAAGCACGAUGGAAGAGUUCAAAUGGAUCAAAAUGUCUUUAUUUCUGAUACCGCUGCUUCACUUUACAGCAGCAGCUGGAAACCAUUUCCUCUCCUUCACUGUCAGAGCUGGAGAUGAUGUCACUUUGCCUUGUGAAUAUGUGAUAGACGGUCAGAGAACGUGUAACAGUACUACCUGGCUCUUCAGUCGUUCAGGAAACACAGUGACGCUGUUUGAACUCGGGCAGAUUAAAGAAGAAGCCAGAGUUAAAUCAGACAGACUGAGUCUUAGAGAGAACUGUUCUCUGGUUAUAAAGAAGGUCACAGAGGAGGAUGCUGGUCCUUACACCUGCAGACAGUUCAGAUCAGGACAACAUCAAGGUCCAGAUACUAUGGUUGUUCUGUCUGUUACCAUGACUGAACAGAAGAACACUGAGGAGAUACCAGGUGGGGACACAAAACCAACAACCACCGCUACCACAGCAACACCAGAAUCAACACUAACAACUGAGAGCAGCAUUAAAUCAGGUUGGUGGUGGUGGACCAUCGCUGUCUUUGUGGCUGUUGCAGCGCUCCUAAUAAUCACUGUGGCUGUCAUCAGAUGGAAGAGAGCUAAAGGGAACAAAACACUGACGUAUGAAAACACGGUGCGUUAUGAUGUAGAUGAUGAUACAGUGAUCUAUGAAAACCUCAGAUCACCUGAUCCACAUUGUUGCUGCUGUCAGAGACUCUGCUAGUUGAUCAGUCUCAGCUGGACUUGAUUGCUGAGACGCUCAACUGAUAAAGUAGAGCCGAGCGAGUGGCAUGGAAUUUUUAACUCCGGUGGAUCUAUGAGGACUAUGGUUGACUGCACCCUAGAUCUCUGCAGGGUAAAUUGAGACAGCUAGCUAGACUAUCUGUCCAAUCAGAGUUUUCUAUCGAACAACUAUUUUGCAAAGGCUCCGUGCGGAGUUUAGCGCCACCCAUGGCGAUUCUGAUUGGAUUAAAGGAAUGCCACUAAACCAGAGCACGUUUUCCUCCCAUCCCCGAAUGCUAUGUGGAGUAGCCAGAUCCUUCUUCAGAGCACUUUGGAGGAGGGUCUGGCUGUUUGUGGACGUCUGACACACUGUCAGCCGCUCCGUUGCUCCAGCGAUGGACUGACUUCACCCCCACAGUCCAAUCACACAUGGGCCGGUUCGGACCAGUUUAACAAGCUCAGACCCCGGGGGAGGGUCCUGACAACUCGAGAGUUAAGUGGUCACAUUUAAAUAAACUGUUAAAUGUUUUAAGUGUAGUCCUGUCUAGUAUUGUCUGUUGGCCUAUUGAUUGUUUAUGAGUGGGUUUUAAAGCUGCAGCAACAGUAAUUGACUUGUGCUAAGCUGUGUGAGAGUUAGCCAAUUGGUACGGGUGGAUACAAGCCUGUCUAGCCCAGGUUAAUUAAAUGGGGGGCCGAUAGUGUAAGUGAUAGUGUGCGGUGUCCUGCAUUCAGUUCCUUGUGCUUGAAUGCCCUUUGCAAAGUUUUGCAUGUGCAUAUUGACUGCCGUAGUGUGGUUACCUGUAUGGUUUGCUUUACUACUUAGGGGGCUGAUUAGCGAGAGAGGACAGACUUGACGAAAGGGGUACGCUAUAGUUUGACCUGUCUUGGCGCUGUCCACAAAGGAACUGUUGUUGCCUUAUGAAUUAUGCAUUGUUGAAAAAAGGGGCUGUAUUUUUCCAGAUUGGUUUGGCUAACUCAAAGUUCAUUACAAUAUAAUCUGCAAAUAAAGAAAUGUUCACCACUUAA